AUGAGCUCUACCUCAGUUGACACACUUCGGCGAGACCCGAUGAUUCGGUUCGGCCAACUUCAAGCCAGCUACAAUGCUCGGCGCCGCGGCCCCGUGCACAAACUCCCCGUGGAGAUCCUGACCCAGAUAUUUGCCAAUGCUCUCGCCGAAGAAGUUGACAGCCCCUACCUCCUCCAGGGCCUCUCCCAGGUCUGUUCGCAGUGGCGGAGCAUCAUUGCCGAUGCCGCGCUGCUUUACAGAUCCUUUAGGCUGGAGAACCCCAUCUUGACGGCCCGCCACUUGGAGCGAUCGCGUGGUCUCCCCCUCGACGUCGACAUCCACGACGUGAAAUUUAACGUAUCCGAGACAGUUGCGCUGAUGAACAGCGUCUCCAUCCUCAGUCCUCAGCUGGAUCGGGUACGGUCGCUGAGCGUGACCUCGCACUCAUCCAAGAUGAGCGCCUGGGUGCUGGGCAUGCUCGAAGACUUUCCCGACCGCAGACUGACGAGCCUGUCUCUUGCGCUUACCCGUCAAGAAAAGCCGGUAUCCCUUGGCCUGCCUGAUUCGGAAGAGACAGCGCAGACCUUCCGCGGACUCACUUCGCUGAAACUGUGCAAUUUCAACAUUGGGCGCGCUCUCCUCGAACCAUCGGCUCUGCAACACGGUCUCAUGAGCUUCAGCCUACGCCGCCUCGAGCUGGUAUUCACCGUCGCGCCUCCGCCGACGAGCGCAACCCUCAUACACUUCCUAUCUCGCUGUCCAGAACUCGAAGAGUUCACGCUGCACUCAGUGGACCCGGUCGCAUUCGAGCGCAAGAAGGACGGAAUCGAUCUGCCAAUCUGUCAGCUUUCGAAGCUCAAGACGUUCAGCUACCACGCGCCGAACUUCAAGACGCUCGCGGAUGUCAUACGUCACAUGGAACCGGACGCCUCUCAGAUGCCUAAGUUUGAUAUAUCAUUUCCAAUGGACGACAAGGCCGUCACGACACUCCUUUUCCGGCAGCGCGACAAUGGCAAACGAGUUUACAAGCUGGCAUGCAUGGGCCAGAGCUUACGGCGUAUGGAUGUGCGCUCCUCCGGACAACAAAUGCAGAUCCUGGGCUCCUACAAGCAGGAGCGUACAACCUUAGAUCCCGACGUCAAGAUCGCUCUCACAUCGGACGGCCUCAUGGGGACGCCUUUGGAACCAAGCCUAUUUUUCUGGUCGUGGCCGAUCAAGGACGUUUCCAGCGUCGAGGUUCUUUCCUUCAAUUUGUACGGCGCCUUCGCCGUUCCAGCCGAUCAAGCGCACUGGGCCAGCCUGCUCCGUCCGCUGCGCGCUCUCUCGACCUUAGUGGUGGCCGGGGCGUGGUGGAUAGACGUUUACCAGCUAUUUAUGGCGUUGGACACCGCUCUACCCGACAGCUCGCUUCUAUGCCCCAAGCUGGCUACGGUGGAGCUUAUUGAUACCAUCGGGUAUAGCAAACGUCCGGUUCCUGGCUCCAAGUCUACCGCCAUCGACGCGUUAAAGUCAUUCGCUCGCUGCAAGAACUUGGAGGUUCUCAUUCGGAACAAUGCUGGACCUGUCAGACGACGUAUGGCCUCUCAAUCGCCAGAGCAAGUCUUGGCUCACGUUGCACGAGAGAGCGAAUGGCGUCUCAAAGCUCUCAGUUCUUUGUCGACCGAGCUAGUCGCACUCAGGCAGCUUCACAACACUGUCGCACUCCCCAACCGCCUGCCAGAGGAGAUCAUUCUUGAGGUUCUCAAGAACCUCAUGGACCGCCGCCAGGGAGACGUAGUGCACAUCAAUAUAGAACGCUUCUUCGGCCGGCUAUCCUCCCCAGCACCGAUGCUCCAGGAACUGUUGUUGGAGAAGCGCCCGAAGCCAAAUGUUGAGGGGCCCGAUGUGUCCCUAGUAUCGGCGGCACGUCUUUUCGGGGGGACUUUCCCCUUUCCGUCGCUCCUCAAGCUCUGCAUUCGAAACGUCGGCAUCUUUCCAACCGCUACCAUCCCAUGCUCCCUAUUGACCCUCGACAUUGUGCAAACCACCUCACGCGGCCUGCCCAGCCUGAAACGUCUGGUAGAGUUCUUAGGACAGUGCCCCCUACUGGAGCAGCUGCGCAUCGCAGGACCUCCGCGACCGCAGGUCGCCGACAUUAUCGACUCUGGACUUCCUGUUUCCCUGUCCCGUCUGCAACAAAUACACAUACAAAGCUCAGAGGCAUUCAUGUACAAUCUGCUGAACCGCCUGAGCGUGCCCCCCACCGCCCUCAUGCGCCUCCAAGCACGAUACACCGGGGACGGCUACGAUAUGAUCCCCCCUUCUUCCGAGGGGACCCUCCAAUGCUUCGCCGGCCUCCGACGGCUCGAAUUCGCCUUCGACGAUGGCAAGUUCAACCUGCGCGCCUUCCACACCCCCGACGCCGCCCUCGAGCCUGUACUCGAGCUCGAGCUCGCGAUCCCCAGUAGGGCCCAGGAUGAUAUGUCCGAGCUCAUGUGCCCCUGGCCACUGGACGUAUCCCAAGUCGAGAGCAUCGUGGUCUCCGGGCCUCCGAGAAGGCUACACAACGUGAACGUCGGCCAUGCGCUCUCGCACUUCCCCAACCUGACUUCCCUGCGGGUGGUGUCCAUGUGCGGUCCCACACUGAGGGACUUGCUCAACUACCUCUGCAUCCGGAGACCCCCGGUUGCUGGAGGGCCGAACGACUCCGAGACGGCGCACGCGGAGCUCACAGAGCUCACAGAUCCCGCUGCCAUUGCCGCAUUUCUCUGCCCAAAGCUCGCGACGCUGGAGUUGUGCGACAUCGAUCGGGGCCGUCGCCCUACGUUCUCCAAGUAG